AUGGUUAUUUCAUUUAUAUCUGUGAGCAACGAUAAACCAUUGCUUGACGAAGGACAAUUCCGAGCUCAGUUCGGUAAUAAAUAAUUUGAAGUGUUGUAAUUUUUUUUUGUUUAAAUUUUAUUUCAGUCUUAUUGAAAAAAAAAAUUGUCUGAUGAUUUUGGAAAUUUUACCACGUCUAGGUAAGUCCAAUAUAAAUAUUAUUACCAAGUUUUAAGUUUACGUGUAUUUAUAACCGAAUUACUAUAUAUUAUAACCGAAAAAUGAAAUGUAUAUAAAUGAAUAAAUGAUCUAUUUAUAUAUUUUAAAUCAGUAUGCAAGUCGUCGUGGGUCUUCUCGGCAAAUCCGUUUAAUAUUCUCCCCUGUAUUUCUUUUAUAUAUUAAACAUAAAAAAACUUGACACACACCUUACCUUACCUUAGUAACACAAAAUGUACAAGGUUGGUCAAAACGUUUCUAUGGUGUCUAUGGUAAUUAAUAAAAAUAAAAAUAAUAAUGAAGAUUUGUGUUCCAUAUUAUACAAUAAACUGUAAUGUUAUAAACAGUCUAUAUUUUAGUGUAUCUGUAUGCAACAAUAAACCAUUGCUAUCGAAAAAAAGAUUCUGAGCGAAAUUCAGUUGAUAGUGAUGCUUUGUCAACAAUAUAUAUGUCAUAUCUUGGUAAAAUAAUUAAAUAGUCAUUAUUAGAGCCCGGAUUUAUAUGCAUUUGCAUGUUUGUAUUAAGUGUAUGCACGUCUAUGGGGGUUUAAAAUGUCCACGGAUCAUAUCACACCGAAUUUAAACUCCAAAUUUUAUAUUGCAUAUUUUGCAUAUUUCGAGGGUUAUUGCAUAUUUGUUCAUAAAUGCAUAUAACAUGAAUAUUUAAUGGGUUUUUAAUAAAUUAACUAUGAAUAAACAUACACUCGCGUCCCAGCUUAUUAUGUCGAUAUCAUUCUAUAANCUGCAAAUAUACCUUGGUUUAAACUACAAAAUCCAGUCUUCCGCGAUUUUUUACAAAAUUAUACAAAAAAACACAUUCCUGAUGAAAGCACUCUACGUAAGUCUUUCUUACAUCCAUGUUAUGUAAAAACAAUUGAAAAAAUUAGAGAAAAAAUUGGGGACUCGUAUAUAUAUUUAGUCGUUGAUGAAACUACAGAUAUCAAUGGUAGUUAUAUUGCAAACCUUUUAGUUGGUGUGUUAAAUGAACAAAAUGCUAGCAAACCAUUUUUAAUUUCAUGUAAAAAAUUAGAUAAAAUUAAUCAUUCGACGAUUUCUCGCUUUGUAAAUGACAGCCUAAGAAUAUUGUGGUCUCGUGGUGGGAAUGAUGAAAAAGUAUUAAUUUUAUGUUCCGAUGCAGCGCCAUAUAUAAUCAAAGCUGGUAAAACACUAAACGUAUUUUUUCCUAAUAUGAUACACAUUUCACUUGCUCACAUGAUCCAACGUCUAGCAGAAAAAGUUAGAGAAAUGUACCUCAAUGUAAAUACUUUGGUAAGUAAUUUAAAAAAAGUAUUUCUUAAAGCACCUCAGAGAGUAGAUGUAUACAAAGAAAUAACGCCCAGUGUGCCCUUGCCGCCAAAACCAGUACUAACCAGAUGGGGGACAUGGGUUGAAGCAGCUAAUUUUUGUGCAGAUCAUUUUGAUAAUCUUAAAAUAAUUUUACAAAAACUAGAAGAUAAAAAUGUUGUUAGUAUAUAAAAAUGUAUUAAUAUGCUAAGUCUGGAAUCUGUUAAAAGUGACUUUAAAUUUAUUCAAGUUCAUUUUUUUAUACUAGUGAAAAGUAUAAAAAAUUUGGAAGAUUCUAGUUUAACAUUGUCUGAUUCUACUCAAAUUGUAAAUAAUGUUAUUUUGGCGAUGAAAAAAGUACCAGGACAAAAAGGAAAACUAAUUCUACAAAAAUUGUUUUAUUUAAUUGAAAAAAAUGUUGGAUUCCAAACCGCGAAGCAGAUAACAGCAAUUUUGUCAGGGAAAGAAAACAGUAUCAUGCCACCAAACUUANGAAUCUGUUAAAAGUGACCUUACAUUAAUUCAAUCUCAUUUUUUUAUACUAGUAAAAAGUAUAAAAAAUUUGGAACAUUCUAGUUUAACUUUGUCUGAUUCUACUCAAAUUGUAAAUAAUGUUAUGUUGGCGAUGGAAAAAGUACCAGGACAAAGAGAAAAAAUAAUUCAAGAAAAAUUGUUUUAUUUAAUUGAAAAAAAUGUUAGAUUUCAAAUCGCGAAGCAGAUAACAGCAAUUUUGUCAGGGAAAGAAAACAGUAUCAUGCCACCAAACUUAACUCCUUCUAUGUGUUCAUGUAUGAAGUUUGCACCUAAUUUCAAUUGA